UUGGAAAUACUUAUAUGAAAGAUCUCUUCUACUCUCUUUUUUCAUAUUUAGUAAAUUUUAUUUAAAGUACUUAUUUCAUAGAUUUUAUUGCCAUAACCUUUUGCUGCAAUACUAACCAUUGUAACAGCUUGUGAUUCGAAUUUUAAUGACACAAUUUUAUUAUGUAAAUGCUGCGCUUACAUUUUUUAAAUUUGAAACAAUAAAUAUUCAUAAAUUUUCUCACUGUCUUUCCAAAACUUUGUGAUGCAAAAAAAAUUGCCUUUGACGAAAGAAAAAUCAAGAAUUUUAGUCAGCGGAAUAUUUGCAUAAUGGCUUUAAAUACGUUUCUCGAUUACUAGAAGAGUGACAUAACUAAAAUAUUACACAAAUUGGUAAAAAAAAUUCUAAAAUCUCGAUUUAACAAAAUUCUUUCAAAAUGCAAAGUAUAUGAUAUAUUCCUGCUUAAAGGAGGAGUCUGGUUUAGAAGCUUCAAAAAAUCAGUUUUUUUUUUUUACUUAAAUCUCUUUGAAAAUUAUCUAAGAAUAACUAACGAUGUUUAAAUAUAUAACUAUAAGCCCUGGUACUUGCGCUCUAAUCAAUUAUUUGAAGCCUUUGUAGCAGGCUCCCCCUUUAACGUUUUUAAAAGACCCCGUAAUAAUACUUUGAUAUGAAAUAUAACAUUAUUGUUGAAUAAUUUCUGUGUACUUUGAUGAAAUUUUUUCCUUUUCGAAUUGUGUCAUUCUUUUGUUAAAUGAGUGCUAAAUACAACAGAAUUUUUUCGUUUUAUUGUGAGCAGCAAAUAAUUUACAUUGCAAAAAUUGGUUCAAAUUGCAUGAAGCCAAGCAUAAACUGAAAAAAGAGCAAAUCUUAUCAUUGCUGAAAUUUUACGCUUCAAUGAUUCACUAAUUUGCAUUUUGAUUGAUCGCUGGCAAUGCCGCAGGGAAGCUACGUGCUUAUAUACAAUAUGAACUAUACAUAUGUUUGUGUAGUAUGUGCUGGCAUGAAAUCAAGCGUCGACUGUAAUCGCAUGAUGUAAUGCUAUCGUAAAAGCGUUGUAACUUUAAUUAGAUAACAACAAAAACAAUGUGACAUUAAAUGUAAUUUGAACACUUUAGAUAAUCGUGGGUCCAUAUCGAUUAUAUUUAUAUAUAGUAGAUGCAUACUAAUAAAGGGUAACCCAUUUAGAGGUUACCAACUUUUUUAAAGAAAAAGCACAGAAAAUUUAAAUUUAUUGGGGAAUGUUUAUCAUCAUUCGAAAGAACAUUCUUUGACAUGUAUUUUUUGAAGAUUAUCCCAUUCAUCGUUUUAGAUGGUCUAUCCGUUGAGUCCAACUUUUGAUGACUCGUUCGAGCAUUUCGACGCGUUUCAUAUCCAAAACAUUAACUAAAAUGUGUUCAGUCAAUCCAUUAGACAUAUUGAAAUCCCAUGCUAUCUGUCUGAUACCAAUACGGCCAGCACUUUAUUAAUUUUUUCUGUACUACAUUUUGUAACUUUGAAGAAUGAGACCUUUGGCAAUGUGUUCUAUCUAAAUUGCGUAUCUUUAUUUGUCUAUACAUAUGUACAUGUAUGUAUGUAUAAUUUAUAUUAGCAUAUGAACUUGAAUAAAUACGUUCGCACACUUGAAUUUUAAUAAUUUAAGUAAUAAUAAUAAAUAUUUUUCAAGUUCAAAAUAAAUGUGUGCAAUUUAUAAGUCGCCUCGGAGUAAUAUCAUGGGAAUAUUAAAAAAAAACACUUUUAAUUUAUAGGUCUGCGAAAGACUGUUUUCAUACUUACUUAAAAAAUAUGUGUGCGGAAUUUCAAUUUGUUUUUAUUUGUUUACAAUAAUUUAUACUGUAGCUGUAUUGAAUUUCAAACGCAAAUCACGUUUUCCAAAUGUUUUGUUAUUGUUUGGGUUUCUAUUGUUGUUAUGUACAAAUAAAGCGGUUAUUAUGAGACACUGGUUUUAUAAUAUUAUGAGUCAACUAUGUCAUAUAUAAGCAACUUCCAAUAAGUUUUGGAGAAUUUUGGUUGAAGCUUGAUUUCCUAUGAAAGUACAUGCAUAUACGAGGUUUGACAAUUAAGUAAUGAGACUGAUUUUAUUGCCGCGCUUGUGGUAAACCUGUGACGUUGAAAUUACCUUUUUCUUUUUCUAGUAUCCCUCCCCUCUCCAUUGAUAUAUAUACCAUCGCUCUAGCUUGUUUAGUCGUAUGCGAUUGUUAACUUAAGAGUCAAUAUAGUCUUCUGCAAACAGCGAAAGAACAUUUUCCUGACAGAGGACCAUUGACCUUAAUAGUUCCAAGAGAUUUUUUUCAACGACAACUGUAGAGUUAAACUCACAGAUUUGGACUUGGCCCUAUCAUUGAGUUAAACUUUGCAGAAUAAGUAUAUGAUAUUUUCCGGCCUGUCACUGACUGUUUAUUAUAGUCAAAAUGGGCAUUAAGUAUCCAUAUUUCAAAGUCUCGAAGUAAUUUUGGAACAGACAUUUGUUUUUAGCGAGAUUGCUUUGAUUUUCGAAUAUGAGUCAAAUUCGAAUAACAAAUACGAUUUUUUUAAAUAACAUGACCACGGCGUCACAUAACGAUUAUUUAUGCGAAUAAAAUAUGUGCUCGUCGUGACCACUAUAUCGACAACUACAAUGCAAAAUAACGUAUUACAAAAAAAAAUCGGAAAUCGCUAUCAGAUAUAGUAACCUAUAAGUAACCAAUAUAUAAACCAAUAUACAACCAAUACGUAACCAAUAUAUAACCAUUUUAUAACCAAAACUCCACUUUUGUUUCAAUUUGAGUGGUUGCUAUUACAUCGUUUUUCCUUCGCAUGAAAACUCAUGAAAAGUGAUGUUACGUUAUUUGGCAUUUUAGCUGCCAAACUGUGCUUUAUGAAUUUUUGGUAAAGUGAACCUGUCGAGCGUUUUUUUCUUGCUUGCUACUAUUCUUCUAAUGGGCUUCAAGAAAAACUAUAUUUUAGCUAAUUUUCUAUAUUUUUAAAAUUUGGAAUAGUAUCAACAUGUAUGCAUUCCAUCACAAACUGUUAAAUUGUUCUUGUGUCACUCUAAGUCAGUCGUUUUUCUAACUUUCUCAAUUCGUUUGCCCAGUUCGUGUCCUUUUCUCUUCUCGCUCUUGUCUCCAAACCUCUCUGCGCAAAGUCCUUGCAUCUUCAGUGUCUUGUCCACUUGUGUGCUUUUAAAAAAAUCGUUAUUAAAAUUGGGGUUUGCUCUCUCUACCCACCUUCACCGUUGCAGGCUUUCAUCACGAGCGCCAUUGUCAUGAUCGAAAUUAUCAGCGAGCAUUCGUAUACUAGUCAAGCGAUGUUGGUGUGCGGCACUCUAACGGGUUAUUUGAUUAUCUGCUGCACUUUGCUACUCGGUCAUCUACUCGGCGCUGUUAUUGAUAAGCGCAUCGACUGUCUCUUCAGUAUCGGCGCCAUCAUAAUGUUUAUCGCUUCGGGCGUCAUUGUGCUAGACCGUUGGACCAAUGAGUUACUACAGUCACAGGAUCUUAAUGCGUUAAAGGGUGCUGGCGCAUUUAUGUUAAUAACUGCAUUAAUAUUUUUUGCCGAUACUUUUGUUAUUGUACGUAGUUAAAUAAUAAUUAAUGGGAAGUUAGAUCUGCAUUAAGUUCUUAUAAUAAAUUUAGAUAAAGUCUACAAAUUUUUGAGUGGAAAAUGUGCCAAAGUUGUCUAAGUGUUUGUAAAGUAUAAUAAAAUAAUAAUAAAUUAUAAUAUACAAAAUAAAAAUUAAAUUGGAAGAAAAUAAAAUUUCCAUAAAAAAAAAUCAUCAAGUCAUCAGUUAUUAAGCUUUGUAAAUAAAUAUUAAUCAUUGUUGUUGCCGAAUUG